CCUGCUUUUUCUUGCAGAUGCCCCGUCACUGCUCCGCCACUGGCUGCUGCACCCGUGACACUCCCGAGACCCGCAACCGUGGCAUUUCCUUCCAUCGACUGCCGAAGGACAACCCCCGGCGGGCCACAUGGCUGGAGAACUGUCGCCGGAAGGACAUGAGCGGCCAAGGUCUUUGGGACCCUGCCUCCAAGUAUGUUUACUUUUGCUCCAAGCACUUUGAGAAGACUUGCUUUGAACUGGUGGGCACCAGUGGCUACCAUCGGCUCAAGGAAGGCGCUGUCCCCACUAUAUUCGAGCUCCAUGCCAAGCCGCGACGGAAAUCGAAGCUGGGCAGCUCCAAGCUGGCAAGGCGUCGGCAGAAGCAGAGCUGCGGCCCUUGCCCUGAGGAGGACCCGACCCCGUUGCCCAUGGACAUCUCGUGCUUCCCCACGCAAGAGCUCCCGAGCCCUGUGGCGGCACCCACCAGCAGGGAACCCCGAAGCCAGCCCGUCCUUCCCGGGCCGGAGCCGGAAAGCCUGGCCCCCCUCUCAGACAUUUCCCCAGACCAGUCGCCAGCCGCCACGGGCCAAGAGGAAGCCUCUCCCUCUCCGGCGCUCCCCGAACCCGUGGGGCACCCCGCCCACCCCGACUCCCUCUCCCUCUACAUGCUGCGCCUCCCUCCCCCGGCCGGGGCCUACAUCCAGAACGAGCACAGCUACCAGGUGGGCAGCGCCCUGCUGUGGAAGCGGCGCGCAGAGGCGGCCCUCGACGCGCUGGGCAAAGCCCAGAGGCAGCUGCAGGCCUGCCGGCGCCGAGAGCAGCGGCUCCGCCUGCGCAUCUGCGAGUUGCAGCGCGACCAGCAGCCACAAGGGGCCGACGCCCACCGGCGGCUGAAGGAACACCUGCAGGUCUUCGAGCUGCAGCUACUCGACGACAUAGAGUGA